AUGACUGCAGAGCAGCCAACCCCAGCUCCUCCACAACCAGCUGGCCAUGGGAUCAAACCCUCGGCGAUGCACGUCGAGGCAAUCCCUGGACAGCCUGGUAAGAUUCAAAAUGGCGAUACUGCCUUAGCUCUCUUUGAGAAUUUCGAUGAGCUGCACGAAGAUGUCGACCCAGGGGAGCUGAAGCGACUUGUUCGCAAGAUUGAUUUUAUGAUUUUGCCCUUUCUGGCUGUUUGCUAUGCAUUUUACUACAUUGACAAAACUACUCUUUCAUACGCGGCCAUUUUUGGCAUCAAUGAAGAUCUGGGGCUGUCGGGGGAGCAAUACUCGUGGUUAUCGAGUGUGUUCUAUUUUGGUUUUCUGGUCUGGGCCUUUCCCACCAACUUCCUGAUGCAGAAGUUCCCCGUGGGCAAGUACCUAGGUGCAAACAUCUUCCUCUGGGGAUCCUUCCUCAUGCUCCAAGACCCACCUUAG